AAUAUCAUAUGUGGAAGUCAUUAAAGCUGUGUACACAUGCACAUUGCAAAAUGGCAAACUCCAUCUCAUUAUGUGUCAAUCUCAUACACUCUUCUUCUCCUCUAUAAAUCUCCAUCACCUUUUCACUCAAAAUUCAUCUCCUCACUAUACUCUUCCAGUAAUUUCAGCCAUGGGUAGAACCUUCCUCUCAGCUCUCGGCCUUGUUCUGCUCCUCAGCUCCGCCUCCGCCUACAAAGGCAGCGCCGGAAGCUGGCAGCGCGGGGAGUGCGAUAUCUCUAGGAUCAACACCCAGGAGCCGUCGUCCCGCCUGGAAUCCGAAGGCGGAGUUUCGGAGUUCUGGGACCACAACGCCGACGAGUUCCGGUGCGCCGGUGUAUCGUUCCACCGUCACACCAUCCGCAGCAGAGGCCUCAUGCUGCCCGCAUAUCACAAUGCUCCAGUUCUAGCCUACGUUAUUCAAGGUAGGGGUAUUUUCGGAGUGUUGAUUUCCGGGUGCCCGGAGACAUUCGAGUCGCCGCAGCAGCAAUCAGCGGAGAGGCAGAGGGGAGAGAAGUUCACGGAUCGCCACCAGCAAAUCGAGUACUUGAAACAGGGCGAUGUGAUCGCCAUCAGAGCCGGAGACGCUCACUGGGCUUACAACAACGGCGAUGAAGAGCUUGUGGUGGUUGUUCUGCAAGACAACUCCAACAACGCCAACCAACUCGACCAAAACCCCAGAUCCUUCCUGCUCGCCGGAAACCCAGAGAGGCAGCAGCAGAUGCAGCAUCAGCAACGCUUCAGAGGCCAAGAGCAGCAGCACCAGCUGGGCAACGUUUUCCGUGGAUUCAGAACGGAGCUCCUGGCGGAGGUGUUCGAGGUGGACGAGGAGACGGCGAGGAAGCUCAAGAGCGAGAAUGAUGAGAGAGGGCCCAUAGUGAUUGUGGAGAAAGAGCUGCAGGUGAUCAAGCCACCAGUCCGCCGCCACAACGGCCUCGAGGAGACCGCUUGCAGCGCCAAGAUCAGAGAAAACAUCGACAGCCCGUCGCGCGCCGACAUCUACAACCCGCAGGCGGGGCGUUUGUCCACCGUCAACGGCUUCACCUUCCCGCUGCUCAACUACCUUCAGCUCAGCUUCGCCAAGGCCGUUCUCUACAAGAAUGCGAUAAUGGCGCCAUACUGGUUCACAAACGCGCACAGCAUAUUGUACAUCACCCGCGGGGAGAACCGGAUUCAGGUGGUGAACCAGCACGGGCAGGCCGUGUUCGACGGGCAGGUGAGAGAAGGGCAGGUGUUGGUGGUGCCGCAGAACUUCGCGGUGGUGAAGCAGGCGGGCGAGCAGGGUUGCGAGUGGGUGCAGUUCAAUACCAACGCCAACGCCAUGUUGAACACACUCAGCGGCCGCACCUCCGCCCUCAGGGGGCUGCCCGUCGACGUCGUCGCCAACUCGUACCAGAUCUCCAGAGAGGAGGCGGAGAGGAUUAAGUUUUCGCGGGAGGAGACGCUCUUCUUUAGGGGAAGUAGGUCUUCGGGUAGAAGAAGCGUUGUUGCUUCUGCUUGAUGAGAUGUAUUCUGCUUCUGCUUCUGCGUCUGUGUGUAGGGAAUAAUAAUAACGGAUGGAAUCCUCUA